CUCCGCCCCUCGGCACCGAUAAGAUAAGGCCAGGGCGGAGGUGCCGGCUGCUAUAAGAGGGUGGCCCCGGCGGCACGGCUGCCACCGAGACCUGCCUGCCUCUGCCAGCCGCCGCCAUGCUGACCGCUGAAGACAAGAAGCUGAUCCACCAGAUCUGGGAGAAGGCGUCAGGCCACCUGGAAGACUUUGGCGCCGAGGCCCUGGAGAGGAUGUUCAUCACCUACCCCCAGACCAAGACCUACUUCCCCCACUUCAACCUGCAACACGGCUCUGACCAGAUCCGCGGCCACGGCAAGAAGGUGGCGACCGCCCUGGGCAAUGCCGCCAAGAACCUGGACAACCUCAGCCAGUCCCUGUCUGAGCUCAGCAACCUGCAUGCCUACAACCUGCGUGUCGACCCUGUCAACUUCAAGCUGCUGUCGCAGUGCUUCCAGGUGGUGCUGGCUGUGCACCUGGGCAAGGACUACACCCCUGAGGUGCACUCUGCCUUCGACAAGUUCCUGUCGGCCGUGGCCUCCGUGCUGGCCGAGAAGUACAGAUGAGCUGCCGCCUGCGCACGGGUGCCAUCAAUAAAGACACUUCUGCUGCA